UCUUCUACAGCACUAUCUUUCGAUGAGCGCAGAAGGUCCUAUUCGUUUUGACGGCCGUGUUGUGGUUGUUACUGGAGCAGGUAAUGGUCUGGGAAAAGCAUAUGCUAUCUAUUUUGCCUCUCGUGGCGCUAAAGUUGUAGUCAAUGAUUUGGGGGGCUCUUUUCGCGGCGACGGAUCGUCCUCGAGGGUCGCAGAUUCGGUUGUCGAUGAGAUAAGACGGGAUGGACACGUCGCGGUUGCGAAUUACGACAGCGUAUUGGACGGCGAUAAAAUUAUCAAGACGGCGAUCGACGCGUUUGGAAGAAUAGAUGUAUUGGUGAAUAACGCAGGCAUUCUUCGCGAUGUGAGCUUUUUAAAGAUGAAGGACCAAGACUGGGAUUUGGUGUACCAGGUUCAUCUCAAGGGGACUUAUAGAACGACAAAAGCUGCCUGGGAACACAUGGUAAAGCAGAAGUAUGGUCGGAUAAUUAUGGUCACUUCAGCAGCUGGCUUGUACGGUAAUUUUGGUCAAUCCAACUACGCAGCCAUGAAAUUGGGUAUAUUAGGUUUUGCCAACACACUGGCGAUUGAAGGAAAGAAACACAACAUCACAGUAAACACAAUUUCUCCGUUGGCGGGUUCUAGAAUGACAGAAACGAUCAUGCCCCCCGAGUUGGUGAAGGCACUGAAGCCGGAGUUCGUAACCCCCCUGGUAGCCUAUUUGUCUCACGAGUCAAACAGGGAAUCUGGGGGGGUAUUCGAGGUUGGAGCUGGAUGGGUGAGCAGGGUGAGGUGGCAAAGGACGGAGGGGGUGAUUUUCGAUGCGUCCAAGAUAGACGUGGAUGAUGUGAGGAAAAGAUGGGGCGAGAUUAAUGACUGGGGAAGGGUGAGUUAUCCAAAGUCUAGUACAGAAAGCCUAUCGUUACUUAUGGAGAAAGUGGCAAAAAAGGGGAGCGGUGGAUCGAACAGGGCGGUAGACGUGGACGUGGUAUUGAACCAUGUGUUUGACGAGAAGAGAGUAACGGUGACAAAGAGAGAUGUGAUGUUGUAUGCGGUGAGUUUGGGAGAGAGUGAAGAUCCGCUGAAUCUUAAGGAGUUGAAGUAUGUCUACGAGAAUCAUGAGGAAUUUGGGGUGAUUCCAUCGAUGGGCGUAACAUACCCCCUUUCAUUGGUGAGCGAUGCAAUGAAAAUGCCUGGGUUGAAGUUCGACCUGAUGCAGCUGCUGCAUGGCGAGCAGCACUUAAAGAUUUAUGGAAGGUUGCCGACCGAGGGCGAAGUGGUGAGUAAAGGGAAGGUGAGGCAAAUUUAUGAUAAGGGUACAGGCGCACUGGUGAUUCUAGAGACAAAGAGCUAUGACUCAGAGAAGAGAUUGCUAUGUGAGAAUGAGGUGUCUUUGUUCAUAAGGGGAAUAGGGGGGUUCGGUAAUGCCCAUAUAAGAGAAAAAAAAAAUGAAGAAUUGGUGAUGAUUCCAAACAGAGAACCGGACAAAAUCCAAAAAUACAACGUAGGUCUAUUGCAAGCGUUACUGUAUCGAUUGGCAGGUGGUGAUAUGAACCCCUUACAUAUAGAUCCCAAUAUGAGUCAAUUAGCCGGAUUCAAGAGACCCAUCUUACAUGGACUUUGCACAAUGGGAAUUGCAACACGAGCCAUCUUGAAGCAUUACGGAUCUAAUAGAGAUAUUACUGAGAUCAAGGUUAGAUUUUCUAAGCCCGUUUUUCCUGGAGAAACCCUCCAGACGGAGAUGUGGGAAGUUUCUUCAGACUUAGUCGCAUUUCAAGUCAGAAUUCUCAACCGCAAUGAACUUGCCCUAACCAAUUGUUUCGCUAGACUUGGUCACUUUCAAUCAUCAUCUACAUCCUCACCACCUCCAUCCUCAUCAUCUACCUCUCUCCAAAGCGCACCUAUCUUCGACUCUUUACAGCACAUUUUGUCUUCAGAUCGCGCCUCUUCUCUCGUUCAGUCUACUCAAGCCGUCUAUCAAUUCAAACUCCUUGACGCCCAAGGCAACACGCACAUCCGGACCCUCGACCUCAAGAACCAUCCUGGUAGACUCUACUCCGGUGACGCACCUUCCAACAAUCUACACGCCGAUACAACCUUUGAACUCAGAGACUCCGAUUUCCUCAAACUCGCAACCGGCAAACUUAAUGCACAGACAGCUUUCCUCCAGGGCGUGCUUAAAAUCCAUGGUAACAUCAGCCUGGCCACUAAGCUCGAUCAACUGUUCGGCCUCCUCUCUUCCAAGCUGUGAAAGGGGGAGCACUGCGUGUGCCCUGAAAAACAUUUGUGUAGUGUGUGUGCAUAUGUAUAAGAAAAAAUUAUAUUUUUUUCAUAGCUUGAAUUAUUUAGAAUAAAUUCGUCGUAUCGAAGUCAAUUUCAAAAGAUGGGAAAGGAAUAGGACAAAAACUGAGAUCUAGGUGCGGUGUGAUGCGCAUCGCAUUAGAAGCAGGGUCAUAAAUGCCUGAAAUCACAUCUUCUUUCUUAGAUUGGUCAGGAAGAAAACUGACUUUGCCCUCACACCUUCCAUUGUUCCAUUUACCAGUAAUAACAGCGCCGUUGGCGUAUGUCCAAACGCCGUUCCCAUGCAUCUUACCGUCUCGGAACCCACCCUUAUACAUAUUUCCGUUGGAUAAAACAAGCGUACCCUUGUUGUGAAAUUUGCCGCAGUUCCAUUCGCCGUCAUAGGAUUUGACAAUUUGGUCAGAGCCGCCGGUGUAGACGCCGUAUUUUUGGAAGGUGUUGUUGUGCCAAUAUCCUUCGUACUUAGAACCGGAAGAAUAGAUGAAAGUCCCUCGACCUUCACGGAGACCCUCAGCCCAUUCCCCAACAUACAUAGAACCACCAGCCAAAAAGAAAGAUCCGCUUCCAUCAAACUUGUCAGCAGACCAAUGCCCUUCAUAAUUCGAGCCGUCCGCGUAAACACAUUUACCGAAUCCCUUCCGGCGCCCUUUAGACCAAGAUCCUUCAUAUCGAGUUUUAUUGUGCCAAGUAUACGUUCCAUUACCGUCAAACAGGUCGUUGACCCACUCUCCGUCGUACGUCGAACCGUCUGGGUUCCGUAACACUCCGUGGCCUUGGCGAAGAUUUCCAGCAAACGACCCAAUGUAAACGGAUCCUGAUGUGUAACGCUGAGUUCCCUGACCACUCUUCAUCCCUUCCUUGAAACUUCCCUCGUAAUUAGAUCCAGAAUCAUGACUCAAUUUACCAUACCCGUCAAACAUCCCAUUCGCCCAUUGACCGCGAUAUACUAUCCCCGUAGCCGUCCGUAAGCUCCCCUCUUUAAACCGACCCUCGCUCCAUACACCUUUGUACACACACCCCGUCGAGUCUUUCCAUUCACCCUUUCCGUGGAAAUUACCGUUCUCCCACUCUCCGUCGUAGAUCAUUGUGCCCCUCAAGUCAUACAGCUUGCCUAAGCCCUUCUGCACGUUCUCUCUCCACUCACCUAUGUACCACUCUCCUGAUAUGAAAAUUUGCUUCCCCAUUCCAUGUCUCAGGUUCAUCUUCCACUCCCCCUCGUAUUCGCACUUCCUGUACUCUAGGCGACCUUUCCCGUGCCUGCACCCAUUCACCCACUCCCCCUCGUAUUUCUCUCCCGCCGCCGUCGUGUAGGCCCCGUACCGCCUCGUUGACAACUCACCCUUCCUCCAAGAAGGGUUCUCGGCCUCUCCCGAAGACAAAUCGCUCUUAUCGUCGCGACUCAAACGCGCCGCAAUAUACCUCUCCAGCUCUCGAUGAAAGGACGCGUCCAAUUCUCUCUUCUUGAACAAACUCAUCAUCUCGUACGGACCCUGAAUGCACACCUUCUCCUCCUCGUCCAGUACCCACACCAAGUUCAAAGGCACUGCGUACUCAGGCAAAGACAAGUCGACGCCCGUCUUCAACGCGCUCUCCUUCACCGACACCAACAAAUCGUUGAACAGGAAAAAAUGCUUCAACUCUUUCUUUCCCUGCUCGGUCGUCACCUUCCCCACACACUCAUACACUAAAUAUCGAGUCGGAUCGACCAAACCCCCAAAAUUGACUCCCUUCAUCUCAAGCUCCUGCACCCUUCUGUAGUUGUUGUUCUUCUGCACCGAUUCGUUGAUAAAUUGACCUAUCGCCGACAACUGAGUCACCGCGUCGCAUAAGUUCUCGUAGUCCGGAUGGUCCUCCGGCGUAUUCUUCAUCAACUCAGACAACAACAAAGAGUACCUCGGCACCCUCUGAAUCGGCAUGAUCAGCAAGUCCUCGUAGCUCAAACGACACUCGCUCCGAAUUCGCGCCUCCUUCAACUUCUCUUGCAGCGCCGGCAUCUCCUUCGACAUCUUGUUCAUCAACAACACACAUUGGUUGAAAUCGCUUGAGUACUCGUUGUAAAUCUUCAAAAAAGACCCGUACUUCAGAAAUAUCGCGCCAAUGUUGUUGUAAUUCUGGUACCUAAUCGCCUUCCUCAAAGCCUUGUAAAGCUGGGUGUUAAAUUGACAAAUCAACUCCAAAUUCUUUGGAAAAAAACGACUCACCGUCUCUAAACUGGGCAACCCAGACGU